ACGAUGUGAUUGUGGCAGUCGACAAGGCCUCGGUGCUGGGAUCCACGCACGGCACCGUGGUGAGCCUCUUCCAGUCGGUGCCCGAGGGCGCGGAGACUGAGCUGCACCUGCGCCGCGGCUACCCGUCUCUCUAUCACGUGGAGCCCCAGCUGCUGUCCCAGGUCAAUGCCAGGGCUGCCGGCGCCUUCCCUGCCCCCGCCCUGGCGGUUCUGCCCGUGGCUGUCAUGCAGAGUCCAGCCGGACCAGGCUUUACCGUGAGCAGGGCUUCCAGCGGCUAUGCUCGGGUGACCGGAAUCAGCGAGCCGCGUCUGUGCCCUGACCUGCGGGAGGGCGAUCUCCUGGUGAAGGUGAACGGGCAGCGAGUGCGGGCACUCAGCGACCACCAGCUGGAGGAGAUCCUCAGGACGCAUACCCAGGCAGGAGACGUGGUGCUCCUGGUCCAGAGGACAGUGCCUCCCAGCAGAACCGCCGGCACGGAGGAUAUCCCAGCACAGACCCGGUCCGGGGCCACCGAGCGCGGGCGCGGAGACCCAGACAGCGGGCAAGGCUCCAGCGCCAGCGGUGCCCAGGACACUGCAGCCAUCCCCCGGGGCUCCGAGCGAGCCGGGACCGAGGGCAGCGAGCCACAGUACGACGUUCCUAGCCGGCACGGAGAGGAGCUGCCUCCUCUUCCUUCGCCGAUGGAGACGGGAGACGAGGCGUCACUGGCCAGCUCCCUGAGUGCGCCGGAAUACCUCGCUCCGGCGGACAGAGAGCCCAGUGGCCGACAGGCCGAGUCAGGACCACGCCCUGAGGGCAGGCAAUGGGGCACGGGCGGCCAGAAGGGGUGCCCUACCUCCCGGGCACAGAACGGGAGCUCUGUCCGAGUUCAUUCCCAGGAGGCUGACCGAAGGGCCUGGAGUGUCUCCAAGCCACGGGACAUCGCAGGGCUCAGCUCGCGACUGAACCCGUGCGACUCUCUGACCGAUUGGCUCCCUCCGGGAAGCGAUCCACACGGUCACGAAUCCAGAGGUUCCCAUAGCAACCAGGAAGAGGCCAAGGUACUGGGCUAA